AUGGAGAACUUCCCAUGUGAAGUCAUUAGGAACUUUUCAAUCAUCGCGCAUAUAGACCACGGGAAGUCCACUCUGGCGGAUCGGUCAUUGACGGGGACUAUCGCGAAGAAAGAAAAGGGAAGAAAUAUGCAGGUUCUGGACAAGCUCAAGGUUGAGCGGGAGCGUGGCAUCACAGCGUGCGGGCACGUUGACUUUGCGUGGGAGGUCGCGCGGUCACUUGCGGCGUGCCAGGGUGCCCUCCUCCUAGUGGAUGCCUCGCAGGGUGUGCAGGCGCAAUCAAUAUCUGUCUUUCACAUUGCGAAGGAGAAGGGCCUUACAAUUAUACCCGUGCUGAACAAGAUUGAUCUGCCUGCGGCGCAGCCUGAGCAAGUCGCGGCACAGAUGCAGGCACAUUUGGCAUUAAUCCCGCCGAUGUCAUUCCCAUCUCUGCGAAGACCGGCAUUGGUAUCGAGAAGGUUUUGGAAGCAAUCAUCACGCGCAUUCCUCCUCCCGGGGGACCCUGCUGCACUGUUGAAGACGUUUCUCUUCGACUCUUCGUAUGACCCAUACCGUGGUGUCAUCUCCUUGAUGAGCGUGCAGGGUGGUGUCCUUCGGGACAAGAUAGCCUCCACCCAUACCCACAAAAGAUACGAAGUGACAGAACUGGGAAUCAUGCAUCCUGAAGAGGUCCCUACGGAGAGCCUGCGUCCCGGUCAGGUUGGAUUCGUUGCUUGUGCUAUGAAAGAGUCAACCGAAGCCCACAUCGGAGACACGUUCCACCGCAUGGGCCACCCUGUGGAUCCCAUGCCUGGUUUCAGGCCGGCAAAGGCUAUGGUAUAUGCAGGAAUCUAUCCCGUGGACAACAAUGACUUUCUCAAGCUCGAAGAAUCGAUUCGAAGGCUCAGUCUCACAGACCGCAGUGUAGAAGUCAUGCGAGAGACCUCGAGCGCAUUGGGCCAGGGCUGUCGGCUUGGCUUCCUGGGUACAUUGCACAUGGAUGUGUUCCGACAGAGGCUCGAAGAUGAAUACGACGCCAGCGUCAUCAUCACCGCGCCGACGGUACCGUACCAGGUCGUUCACAGGGAUGGAAGCACAUCUUUCGUGAGCAACCCCACGGAUUUCCCAGACACCGCCGACUAUGCCGCCGGGGGCCGCGUAAAGGAAGUCCUUGAACCGAUUGUGAAGGCCUCGAUUAUCGUCCCAGAAGAACACUUCAGCGCCAUGAUGGACCUCUGCUACGAGCACCGUGGAACAAAUCUCGACUGGCAGCCAAUGGACGUUAGCGGCACCUACGAGGACGCCGGGUACGAAAAGAGCGACUUGCGCAAGAUAACAUUUCUGCUCAACUCGCGCCCCGUGGAUGCCCUUGCGCUCAUCGUGCACGAGAGCCGCGUCCAGGAGGCAGGUCGCCAUUGGGUCGAGAAGCUAUUCAAAAUUAUUCCGCGACAGCUAUUUGAGGUGCCGAUCCAGGCCGCAGUUGGAAAGACCAUCAUCGCGCGCCGGACGCUCUCUGCCCUGCGCGCGGAUGUCACCGCGGGCCUCUACGGCGGGCACUAUGAGCGCAAGCUCAAGCACCUCAACAACCAGAAGGACUCGAAGCGCAAGAUGAAGCGCGUCGGCAAGGUCGACCUUCCACAGGAGGCGUUCUUCGAGCUGCUGAGCAGCAAGUGA